ACCCAUACGGCGGGAACUUCUGCGCGCGCGCGAGUUUCUGUCAGUUUGUCAGUUUUUCUCUCAGCAACUUCUUUGGCUCAGCUGAGGUGAACCUCCCGUUUACAUUAACUAACUGACUAACAGCUCAAAUAUUCAGUACAGUUGAGAAAAUGGACGAAAAACAUGGUAAUAAAGAGAAGUCAGCGAUUGUGUCCCCCAUAUCUCAAGCAAAUAACACAGAGAGUAAUAAAACAAAAGUCGAGGUCAAGACAGCAAUGACAAACGGACAGAGUGAAGAAAAAAAGAAGGGUAAAGGGUCAAAGCCAGGUGAAACUGAUGAACGUACAGGAUAUGAACAACUAAAACCCUCACAAGCAGAAAAGGAGCCCAGGAAAAGAGUGCACGAGCAAGAGAUGAAUGGAGCAGUGGUAGGGACGAAGAGAGGUAAAGUGGAAAUGAAUGGAAGAGAGGAUGAAGAGACGACAAAAGAAAAGACAGAGAACGAGAACGAUCAGGUUGUGCAGAGAAGUGGAGAAGAGAUAGAUGAUGAGACCCAGCAGACCACAGCCAGUAACUUUGAGUUGUUGGAGGCCAUGUUGGAUUAUUCAUUAUCUGGUCUAAUAGAGGACACCAAGGCCAUGCUGACUGAGGUGGAAUCAAUGCAAUCCUGUAUACAACAGAAAGCUCACAGAGAUGAGCAGGAGAGAGGGUCUUGCAGCACAACACUGGACAAAGAGAGCAUGAAAGAGAUGAAGGGCAGAUCCGUAUGUGAGAAAGAAGAGGUUAAUAGUGAAUCAGAUGAAUAUGUUGUGUGGGUGCAGUGUAGCAAAGCUAAUUGUGGUAAAUGGAGGAAACUCGAUGAAGAUGUGGAUCCCUCAAUGCUGCCCGAUGACUGGAUUUGUGAGAACAACCCAGACCCAGCAUUCUGCAGUUGUUCAGCUCCAGAAGAGCAGUCCAGCAUGUGUGAGGAAAAAAUCUUCUUUAGCAACCUAGUACCAGGAUCGCUGGUGUGGGUGCAGCAGAAUGGACAUUUCUGGUGGCCAGCAAUGGUCCAAAGGGAUCCAGAGACGGAUGACUACCUCGAGUUCCACAGGAAGACGGACCUUGAUCCAUGUACAUGUCAUGUGACAUAUUUUGGGGAUCCAGUGUGUAUUGGCUGGGUUCUGUGCAGCAAUGUGAGGAACUACGCAGACCUGUCGGAGAAUGAUGUCCUCAGUAUGUUGGAGUUUCAGGAAUUAAAGGAGAAGCUGAAGGAUGCCAUUUGCAUGUCAAAGCAAGCCCUUGACCUGUCCCCUCAGAUGCGUUUGGUGAAAUUUGGGUUCUGGACACGAUAUGACUCAGAAGAGGAUAGUGACGUCAGAGAGGUUCUGGAGCUCUUCAGUGGAAAGACUGGAAAAUACUCUGACGAUGAGGAUGCAUGGCCUAAGAAGCAAAAAAGGUGCCUGAAGAAAAGGGAAGACAAGCAGAAAAAGCGAGCAAAGAGUGGAAGUAAAAAAGAGUGUGCAGAAAGGAGUGGAGAGAAAAAGCAGCAGAAGAAGAGUGAGAAUGGAAAGAGUGUUAAUAAGAAGAAGAUGGAGGGUGGGGGAAAAGUGGGAAAGCAUGCAAGAAAUGCAGAGGAAGCUGCACUGAAAGUCACAGAACAGAAAGAUUUAACUGACCUAAUGUUUAAAGAAGGGUUGAAGAAGAAGAGUUUCGCUCCCUCUUUCUCACAACCAAAGAAGAAUAAAACUUCUGAAAAAACAGACGCAGUAAAGCAGCAGAUUCAGGACCAGAUGGUACCUGAGAGCACCAUGGAAACGUCCCCUGACAGCAGCUGUAGCAACAAGCAAAAGAAGAAAAACUGCGGAAGUGAAGAUGUAAAGAGAAAAGAGAGGAAUAGAGAUGAAGAAGGAAAUGAUGAAAAGAUGAUCAAGAAGCAGGACAAGCAGAAGAACCUACAGAGAUGGGAGGAUGAGUUUGGCAGUGAAGAAGAGGCGUUCAUCGACGGUAUGGAAGGAGCCGGUGAUGAGGAAGGGUUCCUGGAUUCAGAUAUGGACAUUUUGGGCUGCGGAGGAAAGGAAGUAGACCAUCUGUCCUGUACAGAGCACGAGGAGCUGGAGGAAGAGCCGUCCAGCUUUUCUCUCAUGUUGUUGGAAGAGGAGUAGUGCAAGAAAAUAUUACUGUUUAAAAAACACACAAAAUCAUUUUUGUUGUACCCAAUUCAUUUGUUGUGUGAAUUCUCACAUGUUUACGUUAAAGUAGAGUAAAUUAAAGUCUGCUUUAAGCUGCAGACAGUUUCAAACUGGAUAAGUUACGUCAAAAACUUAAAGUAGUGAACAGUGCAUGAACUUGUUAACAAAAAUGAAACGUAAAAAGGCAAAAUCACAUGAUUGAUGACCCCUGACGCCAUUUUUAGUCGGUCACUCACGACAUGUUUGGUAUCUGGCUGGUGCUUUUUUUGUUUACAGAGGGAGGCUAAUGUUAGGCCGAUGUUGCUGCACUUAAUUAGGCCUAAUCCCAUUUCACCCCUUGGCCGUAAUACUUACCCCUAUCCCUGCUUUUAGAGUGUAACCCUUCCCCUCGGAACAGAGUUAGAAGGGGAAAGGGUAAAAUCCUCCCCCUAAAAAUUGGGACAACUCUUCAAGCACCUGAUACGUCAUCAGGAGCACUAAAGUUCAGUAACCAAGCUGCUGCUGGUUCACUAGUUAACUUUGGGCUUUAUCAUAUAUCUUUAGAAAGGGGCAAGUGGUGCAGAAAUGAAUUAUUAUUGUCCAUUCCUUCAUCCAAUUCUCUGUGAUGGAGAGCUAAAAUUUGCUUUUAUUUUAUUUAAUUUUUCUGUUCCAUCUUAAAUGCUGCAGCCACUGCCAUCUGUUGCACCAUUUAAGGUGAAACGGAAAAGUUAGCUAGCUUAAACUAUGGUAAUACAGUGCUAAUCAUCACUUUUAACAAGAAAAAUACUUACAUUUGUUGUUUUUUUUUUGGACGCUUUUUCCGACAUCUUACCUGAUUUUCAUACCCCUCAGUUUGAAGUGUGCGUCUGAAAAACCUAUGUAUAAAGGGCUAACAAGCCCUAUCCCUUUCCCCUACCUUUCCAGCCUAACAAAAAAAUUAGGACACCCCUGUCCCUUGGGACAGGGGUGAGAGAUAGGGCCAAGGGGUGAAAUGGGAUUGGGCCUUAGACUGUAGCCAAUCUUAUUUCUUUCAUGUGUAAUUUGAAAUAUCUGUUUAAUUACUACACAAACAAGUUUUACUAAAAUUAUUCAGUUCAACAAUAUGCAUAGUCCAUACAGUUGUCACACAAUUACUCUAAAACUGCAAAAACAUUGUCAUUAUCAUACUCAUCACAUCCUGCUGUGUAGAGCUAGUCGCACAGUAGUGUCCUAAAGCACAUUAGCAAACUAAAUUAAUAUCUGGAGGAGUUUUGAGAGACAAGCAUUUCUUGGGUUGUGUGUUUACAGUGUUUGAGUGAGUGUAUUAGCAACAUUAGCUUAGUGUUGUAAACUUACUAAGCACAUGUCUGGUACCAAACAUGUCUUAGCUAAUUGCCUAUUUUCGCAGAACUAAUCCUUGCAGAUUUUGAUCAGGUUCUGACAUUAUAUUGUGUUUAUUGUGGUGUAUUUUGUUACACCACCACACCAACAUUACAUAGAUGCUGUAUUGCAUGUCAUUUGUAUUGUGUUGUUUCAGCUAAAAUUAGAAAUGAGUAUUGAUCAGUGCAGCCAUUUGCAUUUGUUUAAGUUCAUAUUAUUUUAUACACCUUUCUCUAACAGAGCUGCUGAUCUUUUUGAUUAUUUAUGUAUCCAUCUAUGUUCUGUUUCCCUACAAAGUUUUGCACAGUUUGUAUCCUAAUCUGAUUUACUGAUGUUAUUAGCUGCACAACAGUCUGUUAUUAUUUAAAUAGAAAUACAAAUUAACAGAGAGGAAAUAUUUAUUAUUUAAAUAUACUAUUUAUGCAUUGUGUUUGUUGUGAAGUUUGAGUGUUAUGAAUUGUGACUUUUAAUAAAGCACAAUGAUUAUG